AUGAACAUUAAUUAUUAUGAUACUGAUUGUUCUACAUGGCAUCCUACAGGCAAGCUUUUCUAAGUUGAAUAUGCAACAAAAGCAAUUGAUUUUGGUUCAAUAUGUUUAGGAUUACGUUCUAAUACUCAUGCAGUCUUAGUUAGUCAAAAAAGAUCAGCUGGUGAAUUAGCUGGAUAUUAAGAAAAGGUAUUUUAAAUUUCCGACUAAAUGGGAAUGAGUAUUGCUGGAAUAACAGCUGAUGCAAGAAUAUUAUGUAAAUAUAUGAGAAAUGAAUGUUUGAACUAUAAAUAUACUUAUGGAAGUGCUCAUCCUGUAAAAAGAUUAAUUGCAAAAGUUGCAGAAAAAUCAUAAAAUAAAACUUAAGUCUAUGGAAAAAGACCUUAUGGCGUUGGUAUGCUUAUUAUUGCACAUGAUUAAGAUGGACCUCAUUUGAUUUAAACACUUCCUUCAGGAGAAUAUUAUGAAUAUUAUGCUUAUUCAAUUGGUGCUCGUUCAUAAUCAGCUAAAACUUAAUUUGAAAAUCAUGUAAAUAAGCUUGCAGCUUCAACUUUAGAAUAAUUAAUUUUACAUGGUUUAUAUGCUCUUAAAAAAGCAGUUUAAGAUGAUGAAGAUAUUAAUUAAAAAAGUGUUGAUAUUGCUUUUGUUGGAAAUAAUAGUAAUUUUACAGAAUUAAAACCUAAUUAAGUAAACGAAUAUCUUGAAAAGCUAAAAAAUUUUAAACCAGAAGAUUAAAUGGAUAUAUAAAAUUGAAUAA